CUUCGAGGAUAAGGUUUGGCGGCUUCGUCGCCUUCGCUGGCUGGUGCUUCUUGUUGACUGUGAUGAACAAUUGAUCACCUGACUUCACUGGGAGGGAUACGUUCGAAUACUGGGAGAAUCGGAGUCUGUAAGUAUGUCGAACGCUAUAGUGAACGGAAUAGCGGGUGCCGGUGGAGGUAUUGUUGCGCAGAUAAUCACCUACCCUCUCCAGACGGUGAAUACACGGCAACAAACGGAAAGAGUUUCUGAGAAGAGCUCGGGUUCAUCCCCUGCUGCAAGCACGCUUGUUCAGCUCUUUCAGGUGGUUAGAAAUGAGGGCUUGGGAGGACUUUACAGCGGUCUUAAACCUUCUUUGCUUGGCACAGCCGCUUCUCAGGGUAUCUAUUAUUCAUUUUACCAGGCAUUCAAAAACAAAGCUGAGGAUAUUGCUAGGGCAAACAAAAGAAAAGGACGGGGAGAUGGCUCUCCGGGAAUGUUUUCCUGGCUGCUUGUAGCUGCACUUGCUGGGUCUGUAAAUGUUCUGCUGACCAAUCCCAUAUGGGUACUUGUGACACGCAUGCAGACACACACUCAAGCAGAAAGAAAGAUUGCGGAGGCAAAGAGGGAGGCUUUAUUAAAGGAAUAUUCAAAGAAUGUGUUGUUAAAGUCUUCUUUGUCAGAGGAAUUGGCUGAACUUGAUUCUGUAAAGCCACGUCCGUAUGGAACAUGUCAAGCGGCAUGCGAGGUCUACAAUGAGUCUGGAAUUGCUGGAUUCUGGAAAGGCAUCAUUCCAACACUAAUAAUGGUGUGCAACCCAUCAAUUCAAUUCAUGAUUUAUGAGAGUUUGUUAAAGCGUCUGAGGGCUAGGCGAGCAGCAGGAAGAAAAGGCUCGAUAAAUAUAACGGCUAUGGAGAUUUUCCUUGUUGGGGCUAUGGCAAAACUUGGAGCAACUGUUUGCACAUAUCCUCUACUGGUGGUUAAGUCGAGACUUCAAGCAAAGCAGGAGAUCGGUGGGAAUGUUUCCCUCCGAUAUUCAGGCACUCUCGAUGCGAUCCUCAAGAUGAUCCGCUAUGAAGGGAUCGGAUGCUUCUACAAGGGUAUGCGGACGAAAAUUGUGCAAAGUGUGUUUGCUGCAUCUGUGCUCUUCAUGGUGAAGGAGGAACUUGUUAAAGCCUAUGAUGCCAUCUUCAUCAAAAGACCUACUGCCAUUGUUAAAUGACACACCUCUACCAAUUCUUCACUUUGAUUAAUUUCUCAUAUAUAUAUAUAGAGAGAGAGAAGAGAGAGAGAGAGAAGAGAGAGAGAGAGAGAGAUAGGGGAUGUUUGUGCCAACAAAAGUUGCUUUGAUCUUCAUUGUUCUUAAGAGUUUGUAGACAUUGUUGUGGCAAAAUUAUUUAUAAGCCUGUAUGGUUUGGACA